CUUUCAAGAAGUGGAUCUUCAUAUGGUUUGCUUCGGAUGCCAAUCGUGUAAACCGAUCUUAAUAUAAUAUCAAUGGAGGGCACAAGUGGUCAGUCAUCGACUUCACAUUCUUCAGACAUAUAUCUGAUGAAACAAAUAGAGAGUCACAGUCUUGAGUUGAAUUCACUGACCGCCGAUUGUCGUACAAAACUACCGAAACUUAUGUCUCAACGAUUACCGCGUUUUAUGAGACGUCGUGCUUCAAGUCAUAACCCUAAAAGAGUUCCCAAAAGUAUUAGACUUGCCAUCGAAGGUAAGACCAAUGAUUCAAUUGAAAAACAUAAAAAAUUGAAGAAUCAAAAGAAGAAUAAAAAACACAAGAAAUUCGUUAAUGAAAUUAAACGUAAAGAAAGUAUUCAAAGACGAAAUCAAAAGUCAGAGAGAAGUGUUCUUCACGUUUGGUUCGCUAAACGAUUUCAUAUGAAGAUGUUUUACAACCGAUUGAUGCCAAACAAUAAUUGCACUAAAAAUGAACGCAUUUUAUAUCAAAAUUCAAAACAAGAUUUUGUCGCUUAUUAUCUCUCGACUUAUGUUUGCAUUGAAAUCGAUUACUCAGUCUCUGAAAAACAACUAUUGAUUGACUUCUUAACAAAGUUUACUCACUUAGACAUCAGUCCAUCAUUUGGAGCGAAGAUCUAUGAGUCUGGAAAUAGAGAAGGGAUUACAAUCAUCUAUAACUACGAGUCCUAUCCGUUUGAACCGUUAGUUUCAAUCAAUUUUGUUUGGAAUCAUAAGUUUACUAAACUAUGGAUUUGGUGUCAUAUUUGUGUUUACGAUAAACUCUUAAAUUUAUUUUAUGAUUGUCAACAAAAAUAUCUAUCAAAAGUUGAUUUUAAAAUAAAUGGACACAAAAAUCAAUUGGAAAGGUUUAGGAUCAUUGGUCCUAAAGGACUAAUGUUGUUAUCUAAAUGCUUCAACUUUGACUUCAAUCAAAUCUUAGACCCAAAGACUGUCAAUUCAGUUCACUAUUUGAGAAUCAGUGAAAACAAAACAUCUUUAAUAGACUCGAAUGAGACGAACCUAUUUCUGGACAAUUGUUUUGUUAGCUCAUCAAAAAAGUUUAUAAAUUGUUUUGACUUUAUGUUGAUCACCAAAAACAACACAUUUAAGAAUCGCGUGACUUAUGAUUUGGUUGUUUUGAGUGAAUUUGCUAAUAGAUUGUGGCAUAAAAUAUGCGAAAAUAGAGGCCAUAGAGUGGGAGGAAUACAUGACUUAAAUAUGAUUUCUUUAAAUACCUCUUCACUAAUGUUUCCAGAAUUUGGUUUUAUUGACUCAUUUGAAAACAAGACAACUAUUGAAUUGUUGAACAAAUUAUUGAAAAGAGAGCCAAAUUCGACACUUUAUAUCAUAAGAAAUGAUUUGAUGCUUUCAAUGCUCUGUAAAGAUUUGCGAUUACUUUCAAAGAUAUCUUUUAAUAACAUUUAUAAUAAGGACAAUGCAUUGAUUAAUGUAGAAGUUGUAUGCGUUGGUCGUGGAGUUCCCCAACAGUUUGACUAUAUAUGUGUUCCCAAUGAUAGCGAUAUUGAAUCAAUUGGACAAACAAGCGAUGAAGAUAUUAUCAAUGAAGACAAAUGCAAUCAAUUGAAUCGAAAAAUAAUUGGUUUAAUAGAGUUCGGAAAAUAUUCUUUAGAGAUAUCAAGAGGUAAAGGUUUGGGUGUUAUUACAAUCAUUGGUCUCGAAGAGCUCAUUCAAAUUAAUGAUAACAUUAAUUUGAAAAAUAAUUAUAAAAAUAAUAUCAUAGCUAUAUUUAAAUCAAAUAAGUCAUGUAUAUAUCGACAGAUAAUCAUAAAAGCUAUUGAUUCUGCAUUUUCUAUAUAAUAAUUUUCUAAAAAUUUAAAUCAAUCUAAUGUCUAAAUAUUUUGUGAAUCUUAAAUCCAAUUCAACAAUUUGUAAUUAUUG